UUUCUUGCAACGUUAUGCUUCGUUCAGAUCCCAAUAUACCGAUUUUUGUUUCGCGCGUACAUACAGGGCGAAAUUUGCCGUUGCUUGUAAUUAUGCAAUUAUUUUAUUGGAUACUAGGACUCGUAUGGUUCAGUCCGUGUUCGGCUCAGCUAUUAUUCUAUACGCCUCCACCUCAUAUUUUCACGCCCUUUGUACCGAACGUCUAUUAUCAACCUUCCCAGUACCUUCAACAACCAGUUCUACCUGAAACUUAUCAUGUUCCAAGCUUAAACUAUCACUCUCAACACUCGGAGCAACAAUAUUUACCGCAGACUCAAAGGGUGAUCUCAAAAACUCAACCUUUGAGAUCGGACGAACCAAGUAACAGUUACAAAGGGUUCGGAUAUCACACCAAAUAUGAUGACGGUGCUACUUCUUCAGUAGUAUUUUUCACUGGUGGAAUUCCCGAGCCCAAUAUAGCUAACAAUGGCCAAAGAAAAGAGAUCAUUACGGUCGCUUCCGACGGCAUAGACCCGCAAGUGCCGAAAGGAAUCGAAGAUACAAUUAACGAAAUAUUUGCUAACCCUACCGCCAUCCGAGGAAGAUCGGCUCAAGGUUUGGAGUUGGGGAAGCCAUUUUCUCCAUUCACGCCCCUUAUUGAAGCGUUCAUAAAAAAUCCGUACUCGUCGUCCCAAGUAUUCCACUUUUAUUCCCUACCCGAGGUUACCAAUUCUAUUGAAUCGCGUUCGUUAGUCGAUAAUGGCCGUAUCGCCACUGAGAAGAACAGUGAAGUUGGAACUCCCACCACGGAAAAGCCUGACAAAGACGAAGGCAAUACAACUGCUAAAUCCGAUGAAGUAUCGCAUACACCUACAACCUUAGAAAAGAAUUCACAAAUGGAACCAAUUUCAUCUACCACAGUAAGCGGUAACGAAGUUACGGAUGGAAUGAUGGAAAUAGAAAAAAUAGACGCCACUGAUGCGGAAAUUCAAACGACAACUACCGACGAUUUUGAAACAACAGUAACUGAUGCAAUUUCCUAGCUAGCAAAUUGAAGAGGUUUAAAU